GGAACCAAUUUUUCUAUCAUUUCUCAGCUUUUUUUUCAUUUUCCUUUGUUUCAAAAAACAACAGAAAUACAAAAAAGAGGAUCCCCUCUGGAUUUUCCAGUCUUCCCCUCCCUUCAUCCUUCUAUCAUGGCCUGGUUUUCUCAGUGCAGUGGAGACACAAGGUGUGCUUGCCCCUGACUGGGUCGGACAAACAGGUUGCUGCCAAAACUGAUAAAGGAAACAUUGUCCAUGGAUUGGCCCCCUCACUCAGCUUGGACUCGCAGUGGCACCUGUGACUGUUAAAUGUGGCUGCAUUCAUGAAUGAACUCUCCGGUGAAAGUUGUGUUAUAAUGCCGAUCACGACAAAAUCCUAAGCAGGCCCAUCCUCUGUCCGGCAAUCCCACUAAUACCAAGCCUCAUUAUACUGUGGCCGAUAGCUAGUCAAACGAAAUUGCACAUACACCCUUGACAGCAAAUACAACCAGUCAAGAUGGGAGACUUAAACAGUUCAGUGGAUUUUUACCAAAAGAACCAGCGGCGGGAGCAGAACCAUGCUGGAGGGUUUGGCUGCACCUUGCAAGAGCUGCGCUCUCUUAUGGAACUGCGAGGAUCUGAGGCCAUUCAGAAAAUACAGGAUAGUUAUGGUGAUGUUAAUGGCCUGUGCAGAAGACUGAAAACUUCCCCCACUGAAGGUUUGUCUGAAAACAUAGCUGACUUUGAAAAGAGAAGACAGAUUUAUGGUGUGAACUUCAUACCUCCCAAAAAACCCAAAACAUUCUUGCAGUUAGUCUGGGAAGCACUCCAGGAUGUAACCCUUAUCAUUUUGGAAAUUGCUGCCAUUGUGUCUCUAGGCCUUUCAUUCUAUGCACCACCAGGAGAACAGAGUGACAAUUGUGGAAACGUAUCAGGUGGAGGGCACGAUGAAGGGGAAGCAGAGGCUGGGUGGAUCGAGGGAGCAGCCAUUUUGCUAUCUGUUAUUUGUGUGGUUUUGGUAACUGCUUUCAACGACUGGAGUAAGGAAAAACAGUUCCGUGGUCUGCAAAGUCGCAUUGAGCAAGAACAGAGAUUCUCCGUCAUCAGAAAUGGACAAGUCGUACAGAUUCCUGUGGCUGAGCUCAUUGUGGGAGACAUCGCCCAAAUCAAGUAUGGCGACCUGCUGCCCGCAGAUGGAGUUUUGAUCCAGGGAAAUGAUCUCAAAAUUGACGAAAGCUCUUUGACGGGAGAAUCAGACCACGUACGCAAGUCCGUAGAGAAAGACCCGAUGCUGCUUUCUGGUACCCAUGUCAUGGAGGGAUCUGGCCGAAUGGUGGUGACAGCAGUUGGUGUCAAUUCACAAACUGGAAUCAUAUUCACCUUGCUCGGAGCUGGUGGAGAGGAGGAGGAAAAGAAAGACAAGAAAGCAAAAAAGCAGGAUGGGGCAGUUGCCAUGGAAAUGCAGCCACUUAAGAGCGCAGAAGGAGGAGAGAUGGAAGAAAGGGAAAAGAAGAAAGCCAGUGUCCCCAAAAAGGAGAAAUCAGUUUUACAGGGGAAGCUUACAAAACUGGCCGUUCAGAUAGGAAAAGCAGGUCUGGUGAUGUCAGCUAUUACGGUUAUCAUCUUGGUGCUCUACUUUGUGAUUCAAACCUUUGUGGUCGAUGGCAAAGUUUGGCUAACGGAAUGUACCCCUGUCUACGUGCAAUACUUUGUGAAAUUCUUCAUCAUUGGAGUCACUGUUCUAGUGGUGGCUGUGCCAGAGGGGCUGCCCCUUGCUGUCACCAUCUCAUUAGCCUAUUCUGUUAAGAAAAUGAUGAAGGACAACAACCUUGUACGGCACCUUGAUGCUUGUGAAACCAUGGGAAAUGCCACUGCCAUCUGCUCAGACAAAACGGGAACUCUGACUACAAACCGGAUGACAGUUGUGCAGUCUAACAUUGGAGAUAUCCAUAAUAAGGAUAAACCAGAUCCCAGCUCUAUCAAUCACAAAAUUUUGGACCUGCUUGUCAAUGCCAUUGCCAUUAACUGUGCCUACACCACCAAGAUUCUACCUCCAGAGAAAGAAGGAGCACUUCCCCAGCAAGUAGGCAAUAAAACUGAGUGCGCCCUGCUUGGAUUUGUUUUGGAUAUGCAAAGGGACUACCAGCUGGUGCGAGACCAGAUUCCUGAGGAGACGCUCUAUAAAGUCUAUACCUUUAACUCUGUUCGCAAGUCCAUGAGCACUAUAAUACGCCUACCCAAUGGAGGAUUCAGAUUGUACAGCAAGGGAGCCUCAGAGAUUGUCCUGAAAAAGUGUUCAAACAUCUUAAACAGUGCUGGAGAUCUUCGAGCAUUUAGGGCACGGGAUCGGGAGGAAAUGGUUAAAAAAGUCAUUGAACCCAUGGCUUGUGAUGGACUGCGUACCAUCUGCAUUGCCUAUCGUGAUUUUCCAGGAGUGCCAGAGCCAGAAUGGGAGAAUGAAAAUGAAAUUGUAUGUGAUCUGACUUGCAUUGGGGUUGUAGGAAUAGAAGAUCCUGUAAGGCCUGAGGUCCCUGAAGCAAUUCGCAAAUGUCAGCGUGCUGGAAUUACAGUUCGAAUGGUCACAGGUGAUAACAUUAAUACAGCACGGGCCAUCGCAGCUAAAUGUGGCAUUAUCCAGCCGGGAGAAGACUUCCUGUGCUUGGAAGGAAAAGAAUUCAACCGACGGAUCAGGAAUGAAAAAGGAGAGAUUGAACAGGAACGUCUGGAUAAAAUCUGGCCAAAAUUACGAGUAUUGGCUCGGUCUUCACCAACUGAUAAACAUACCCUUGUUAAAGGGAUAAUUGACAGCACAAUUGGUGAGCAGCGUCAGGUGGUGGCAGUUACAGGAGAUGGUACCAACGAUGGCCCAGCUCUUAAAAAAGCAGAUGUUGGCUUUGCUAUGGGUUUGGCAGGAACUGAUGUUGCCAAGGAAGCAUCUGAUAUCAUUUUAACAGACGAUAACUUCUCCAGCAUAGUCAAGGCUGUAAUGUGGGGCCGCAAUGUAUAUGACAGCAUAUCUAAGUUUCUUCAGUUUCAGCUGACUGUCAAUGUGGUAGCAGUGAUUGUGGCAUUUACUGGGGCCUGUAUUACUCAGGACUCCCCAUUAAAAGCUGUUCAGAUGCUUUGGGUCAACCUCAUUAUGGACACCUUUGCUUCACUGGCUCUUGCAACUGAGCCCCCAACAGAAUCCCUUCUUCUUCGUAAACCAUAUGGCAGAAAUAAGCCUCUUAUAUCUCGCACCAUGAUGAAGAAUAUACUUGGCCACGCUGUAUACCAGCUCAUCAUUAUUUUUACAUUGCUUUUUGCUGGGGAGAUCUUUUUUGACAUUGACAGCGGCAGAAAUGCUCCUCUACAUGCACCUCCUUCUGAACAUUACACUAUCAUCUUCAACACAUUUGUCAUGAUGCAGUUAUUCAAUGAAAUUAAUGCCCGCAAAAUUCAUGGAGAAAGAAAUGUUUUUGAUGGUAUUUUCAGCAACCCGAUAUUUUGUAGUAUUGUGUUGGGCACUUUUGGAGUUCAGAUUCUAAUUGUCCAAUUCGGAGGAAAACCUUUUAGCUGUGCACCGCUAAAUGCACAACAAUGGCUUUGGUGCCUGUUUGUGGGAGUGGGUGAACUUGUUUGGGGACAGGUUAUAGCUGCAGUUCCUACAAGCCAACUGAAAUGCCUGAAAGAAGCUGGACACGGGCCAGGAAAAGAUGAAAUAACAGAUGAAGAAUUGGCAGAGGAUGAAGAGGAAAUUGAUCAUGCAGAGAGAGAGCUCCGGCGGGGUCAAAUUCUUUGGUUCCGUGGCCUAAACAGAAUCCAAACUCAGAUGGAGGUAGUGAGUACCUUCAAGAGAAGCGGUUCAUUUCAGGGUGCGGUGCGUCGGCGUUCCUCGGUCCUCAGCCAACUUCAUGACGUAACAAAUAUUUCUACCCCUACUCACGUAAUUCUCUCUGCUGCAAAUGCCACCAGCUCUGCUGGGAAUCCGGGUAGUGAAAGCAUUCCGUAGUUCCCUCUACGAAGGCCUAGAAAAACCUGAAUCCAAGACCUCCAUCCACAAUUUCAUGACAACGCCUGAGUUUCUGAUCAACGAUUAUAUACAUAAUAUUCCCUUGAUUGAUGACACUGAUGUAGAAGACAGCGAGGAGCCUCCAGGCAAGGUGCUGUGGUCUAUUCCUCCUCCAUCGCCCAACAAGAACAACAAUGCCAUAGAUAGUGGCAUUUAUUUGACCACAGAUACCAGCAAGUCGGCUACCUCUUCUAAUCCUGAAAGCCCACUGCACAGCAUGGAGACUUCUCUUUAACAGAAUACUAAAUUGAUCUCCAGUAACCAUAACAACAAGAAAGUAGGACUCUCUUCUCCUUUGCUGGCAUGUCAGCAAGUUAAAAAAUAGGGUUCUGGGUUGCAAAGCAAAAUAAGACUUUCUAGGGGUAAAUCUGCCAAACAUAAAACUCAAAUAACCAAUACCAAAAGUUUCUAACAUUAAUUUUUUUUUUACUCCUUCCAAAUGAAAAUAGGUCCAGAACAUCAAAAAUAAUGAUAAUUCUGUAAAAUGUAUACAUCCCUAGCCCUAUAUUUUGGUUAUUAAUGUGAAAAACAGGCAGAAUUGCAGAUUAUGAAGCAUAAUUUAUAACUGUUCCUUGUUAACUGCUUCCUAACCAAUCCACAAAAUGUAAGACCACGAUGUAUAAAUAACAUAUAUUGGUCUAGUUAAGUCAUUUUUAUUUAGCAGAAGCAAUUAGAGAGAUAUUGACAGAGCUGCAGCUGGAGGACUUAAAUUGACUAAAAUAUAAACUCAUAAGUAUUAACAUAAAACAACAACUAAUGCAGAACUAUGUUGUUGCUUCUGUUCCUAUUUUAUAUUUAUGCCAUAUCCCCCAUUAUAAUUUUAUUCUGCGCAACUACAUUGAAAAAUUUAGGGGCAUCAGGCAGGAACUACAUCUUAAAAAAAAAAUACACAAUGUCUUCCCCUCCACCGAUUUUGUUUUAGAAGUAUAGGCAUUAGACAAAGCCUGAAUGCAAAAAGCAGCAUCAAUGGUUCACCAACGAAUUUCCUUGGUCAAGUUAUGCAAGAAACUCUUAACAGGUUUGAAUAAAGCAAAUGACCAGGAGUUAGCAGAAUUUACAUUCAUCAGACUAACGAACAUUCAGCUUCUGCUUAACAAUUUCAAAUGCCAUAUUUAUUUGUAAAGAGCACAAUGAGCAGUCCAGAAAAAAUUGUAGACAUCCUAUUGGGCAUAAAAGCAGCAUUUGAAUCUUUUUCUCAUAAGCUAACGUGGUUGGUUGAACAUAUAAAAUAUUGCACUAUAACAAAGGAGUAUCUGAAAAGCCUUAUAACUUCUAUAAGACACUGCAUGAAUUUACGUUCUUUUUCUAAAAAAAAAUGCCUUUUUUCAUUACCAUUCUCUUUCAACACAGUGAUCGAAUAUUUCUGCAUGAACACUGUAGUUUGAGAGGACACAGGUUCGAUAGGUCUUCACUUUUCCAAGAGAUAUAAGAGCAGCAUCUAGAAAAAAAAUAACAGGGAGACCACUCUGUAAAGUCAAUCCUAUGCACUGCAUUAACAAAAAAUACAGAAGGUUACCAAAAUACAUAGUGUUCCAUGCCAUUUAAGAAGGCAAAAAGGAAAACAGUUGAAUUCCACCUCUAAGUAAUGAUGAAUUAAGAAGUAAAUGAACAUGGUGCCAGCUUCUUUUUAUUAUUUUUGCUAAUGAACCUGCCAUAUUGCUGAAUGAAUGGAAAGAUGCCAGGAUACACGGUACUUAAACCGAUAUAUCGACAAUUGUCAUUUAAAAGCAUUUUCAGAGACACAUAAUGGGAUUUAAAGUUUAUCUGGUUUAAUUCAUGUACAUGAUUGCUUUGAAUGACUGAUUGAGUUAUGUGUGUGGAAAUGUUCAACCUUAUAGUGAGUUAGGCCAAAAGAAAAAAUUCAAACUGGCUCUACUUGUACUUUAUUUUUUUUAAAAAUAAGCCACAGCAAACACUCCAUUAUAUGAAAUGCAAAGACUAGGGGGCACAUUUAUUAAAGUACGACAGGCACGAAAUACAAAAAAUUUGUAUUUGGUCAUACUGUGCGUAUUUUCGGAGACAUUUUUGUACCUUUGCAUGACUUUUUCGUACUUUGCAACAAAAUUUGUGCGACAAAAUCCUAUUGUUGCGCCGAGUACGAAAGUUUCAGAUUCAUUCAAGCUUCGGUAUCGUGACUUUCCUUGGGCCAGGUUGGAGCUGCAGAGUGCCAUUGAGCCCUAUGGGAGGCUUUCCUUGGGCCAGGUUGGAGCUGCAGAGUGCCAUUGAGCCCUAUGGGAGGCUUCCAAAAACAUGCACAGAAGGAUCAAAGUCAACAAGGUUUUCCCGCCGUUUAUGAUCGUUUGAUACAAAAAUUUUGUGACUUUCGGAUCGCCAAUACGAUAUUAUCGUGACUAUUCCGAUUUUUUCGUUAGCAUUUUCGUGAUAUUUGCGAUCAUCAGUAAUUAUCACAUCUAAUCCGAAUUUUUCCCAUUUCGGGAUUCGAAAUCGUACUUUCAUGAAUGUGCCCUUAGGUUUUCAACAAGAAGCAGGGCUAUUUUUUAUUAGAUACAAGGAAUUUGAUUCACAGUUGUAUUAAAGAAUUUAAGGUGGAUCAAAAGUCUUUGUUCAUGUAGCCAUGUAGAAGAACACACAAUGUUCCAAGGGGGAUUCAACCUUCACACACAAAUCUGGUGGUUCUGUGCACGUCCAUGGUUCCACAUAAAUGACCAGCGCUCCGUGGUUUAAGCCAUUGCUUUUUUUGUUCAGAGACCAUAUUAUAGACUUGCUGCUUAAUAAUCUUGUAACAAAAGUUAAAA